AUCUAGUAGCUCUCGUGUCUCUUUGCGGGCGUCUAUAUAUUCAGCCAGAGGGACGGUGGUGAUCGUUGAAACGCAAGAGGCGAUGCGAACUGUCAAGAGCUAUCUGAAGAACUGAUGAAGCGAUAUUAUAAACUGUAGAGGUUUUGUGCGUUCUGAAGCAGUGAAGUGAUACGACUUCGUAUAAACUGAGUGUGCGAAAACGAGGGUUGAGCGAACAAAAGACGAACGAGAGCUUCGGAGAGCUUGAAGUGUGUCUCGAUUGUGUUGUGUAGAGGGAGGAGGCUUUGUAGAGACUCGUUCGCGAUCGCGAGUGUGUGUGUGUGUGUGUGUGUGUGUGAGAGAGAGAGAGAGAGAGAAGAGAGAGAGGGAGAGAGAGAACCGUGCGUGCGAGUUUACCUUGUCCGUAUCUUCUUUGUGUGUUUCGGUCAGUUAACGAUCUGCAGGAUUGUCGCCAUUGCAAAUAUCUGUUGAAAUUGCGAAAAGCGUGGUGAACCCGAGAGUUGUUUCGGAGUUUUGGAACGCUAUUGAGUGGCUGUGCAGCACGCAAGUGCAGUUGGUCGAGUGGUGAAGUCCAGUGGCAUAGUUCGUUCGAGUCCGUGACCAGGUGUGAAGGAGCGGAAGAGCUUCUGCAGCGCUUAGCACUUGGUAGUGGUGGUUGUGAGAGAAAGCGGCGGCGUUAUUUGAGAGCGAAAAUGAGUGGGAUCGCGCUAGUGGAUGACAUGCACAGCAUGAAGCCUAUCAACUGGAAGGCCGUGGUUGGUGUGAGUAAGGGUGCGCAGAAGACUACCUCGUCGUCAUCUCAGAGAGCUGCUGCGUCUACAAAGCAUGUUGACACGAAGGUGCAGAAGAACAAGUCGGUCAACGCUACGAAGGCGGUGGCGGCGCAAGCAGAUUAUCGCAGGCGGGGGGUCUCGUCGGAGACGGACAAGUGGUUGAUGACUCAUAUUGAUUUCUAGUGGGGGGUGUUGGGUUGGGCGAUGGUGGUUUCGAUGUCGAUUUAGGUUUUUUAUUAUCAGUACGUAAUUAACGACACGACAGGAUGGGGAGAGAGGGCGGUGAUCUCCGGGAUAUUGGGCGAUUCUGUCCUUGCGAACGAAUGCGUGUCCAACGUGUCCGAAGAACAGGAAAAUAUCUGGAUGUCGUGCGCAUACGGACUCGUGACCGCUACAUCUUCAUAACAUGAUGAUGAUGAUUAUGAUUAUGCUUAUGAAGAUGAUUAUGAUGAGGGUGAUUAUGGCCUCGACGCUGUUCGAGGCUCGUUUUCUGCCGUCCUAACUGAUGUCCAUUCCAUUGCUUGCCCUGUGGAAUAGGCAGUGCGAAGGGCCAUGGCUUAUCAAGAAGUUAUCAUUCGCGUGAAGAUUUCUACGUGGUCCGUGGAAGGAAUUAGAUAGGAGGGAUUAAGGAUGAGAGGAGGGUUGAGGAGUGUAAUGUGCUGCUGUGUUUGAUAAAUUGUCAAACGUGGGGAAAGGGUGGAGGUAUUGUUGAGUAAGUCUGAGAUGGGAGGAGGGAAGAGGGAGGUGGUCUGAAGUGAUUCUUGUGAAUGAGCUUUUCGUGGUUUGUGUUUGGCUUCUUAGAUGAUGGUCCAAUGACUAGAUAAGUAGCUGGUAGGACGUAGCUAGGCGGUAGAUACACUCGUUCACUUCGAUUUUUUUUUUUCCCCGUUUUUCGUUGUUAAUUCUUUACUUCGGAACUGUGCAGGCCUUAGGAUAUGUCUGUUGGUCGACAGAUUCUUUUGCUACACUGUAAAAGUGUAGUCAUCAAUUUCGUUUCAUUCAUUUGUGCAAGUUGGCAGUUCUCUUCUGCAGUUCCAUUUUGACGGGAUGCGGGAGUUGGGCUGUUGUCGUCUUUGUUAAUAAUGUGACUUGACCGUGUGCUAAGAAGCGAUUCGAUCGUUCAACGCUGUCCCAUCCGAUGAUCGGUCUCGUUGUUUCUCAUUUUGAUUGUUUUUGUUGGAACGAGUUCCGAGUCUGUUAAUGGUAUCGUGUCGUCGAAAUUUGACGGAAAGCAUUUUAGCACUUGAUGAUGAUGAUGAUGAUGAUGAUGACGAUGUUAGACGAGUUAAUCUGAAGUGAUGCAGAUGUCGAUUUUCGACGAUCCAAUUUUGCCGUUCUUUUCGUGGAUGUAAAUCUGAGCAUUCCAGCGAAUUUCAUCGAAUAAGCGAUUGCCGGUGUCGUCGAUGACAUGGGGAAUGAUUUGAGGAGAGGGAGGGAGUGAGGGAGUGUCGCUGGCUUCCCAGCGAGAAAUCGUCGAGUUGGGGAGUUCGGUCUGCAGGUGGGUCUGCUGGAGGUAGUAAAACUAGGCCCCACAGAAAUACGGUACUCUUCCCAAAGAAGUGCGGUUCAUGUGAACGGAAUUAGGGAGGGAGGGAGGGAGUCUGCAUAUUCGCCUCAAGCAUGUGAGCAGCGGUAGUAAGGAGGGCAGUCUGCAUAUUCUUCGCUGGGUUUUCAGCGAGAAAUCGAGGUGGAGAUUUCGCACUACAUAUGCUGUCUGGUGAAGGUCGUAAAAAGUAGAUCGCAAUCAAGUGUGCGUCUCUGCCCAAAGAAGUACGGUACAGUUCUCUUCUUCUUCCGUAUAAUGCUUGUGGAGUAAGGGAGUACCAGCCUCAAGCUUGUGAAAAUUUUGAAGCUGAGCCAGUUGGAUAUCGGAGAGAAUGGUUACGUCAUCGACUGAUUUUCGGCUUUUGAGCGGGAGGAGAAAUCGUUAGCGCGAUCACUGAAGAAUAUCCAAGUUGCACAGUUGUUUCGAGUUUCAGCGCGCUGUGAAUGGGGAAGCGCACGUUCAUUCUUGGAGCCGAAGGGGAGUCUUAUUCUGUUUGCGUUGCCCUAGGAGUUGAGGGCGCGGCGGGAUUUCGGUGUGAGACGACGAUAAUCAGGUGAUGGGGGAUCCUUGGUCUAGGACUUGCGCCGAUUUGCGCUCAGCGCGCUGUGAAUGGGGAAGCGGGGCAUUCAUUCGUGCGGCCUAAGUGGAGUGCUUCCUGUUUGUCUUGCUCCAGGAGAUGAGGGCACGGCGGCGUUUUCGACGAUCAUGAUGUGAUUGGGGCCUCUUGGUCGAGGACUUGCGCGGAUUGCGUGGGGAAAAAUCGUGUCGGCGUGCUGUGAUUGGGGAAGCGGGCAUUCAUGGUUGCAGCGCAAGUGAAGUCCUUCCUGUUCGCCUUGCUCUAGUAGGACACGGCGACAUUUUCGUGUGAGACGACGGACUCUUCGUCGAGGACUUGCGCGGAUUCGCGUGGUGGGGAAAGUUGUCUUGGCGCGUUGUGAAGGAGGAAGUGUGCACUCACGUAAAGCGAAGGGAAGUUGAUCUGCUUGCCUGGCUCUAUAGGAGGGGUGAGGGAACGUUGGAGAUUUGCGGGACGGAGAUGGAGGUGGGGGAAUGGGGACUCUGCACUCGGACUCUGGCGGAUGUGCUUGCAGGAGCAUGUGCGGAUGCAGUUUUCCCUUUGACUGUUUGGACAUGGGAAACUGCUGUGAUGUUGAGGAACGCGUACGACCUCGUGACGAGUCGUUUUGCUCGGUUGUUGCUCCCUUCUUUUUCUGUUGAUGGCCUCAGUUAACGUCGCAGUUCGCUCGCUGUUGUCCUCGUUAUCUUUCCUUAGAGAUUAGGUGGCGGUCUUGAGAACCUCGUUGUCUUUCCAAACGGAGAACUCUAUUUGUUCCAAAUGAUGUAUUAUUAGGUUACAACGAGGUUUUGCGCUUUCGCAUCGCCAACUACUGUUUGAAACAGUCGGAAUCCAAAAAAAAAAUUCGAGAGAGAAAUCCAAAUUUUUAAUCUGUUUGCGCUGUCAAUCUGAAAUGAUGCUUUCUGGAUGGACACCUCAGGACGUGUUCAGCGCGAACGGAAAUGGUUUUCGUCGACACGCUGGAAGGACGUGCUGCUUCCAUCGGAAGCAACGGCCUGAAGAAGAUCGGCAGACGCUUUGUGAAAAGAGCCCUUUAUGUCCAAGGGCGCGCCACCGCAGGAUGUGUUGUAUUUGAGACCAUGAGGCCUUUACUAUUGUUGGAGUCGAUAAAAAGCCUACGUGGCUGUGCGUGUCAAGCAGCGUUCUGUUGUUUUCCCCGUCCGGUACAGUCGUGCGUUGGGUUGUUUGGGGGAACUUGAAGAGAGUACCGAAGUCUUGUUUUUUGGCAUUGUGUUCCUUUAGGCACGGAAGUCGCAAGCCGAUUCAACUCGUAAGACUCUGAUGGCAAAUGAACUCCGCGUUAAAAC